AUGGGGAGGGAGGAGCUGUUCCCGCCUGGGGGUCGGGUGGUCUGCGAAGCCUUUCUCACACACCUGCAUGACCUCCGCCCCGGGGCCCCCUGGUCUCCGGGUACUCAAGAGGACCUGCAGACCUGUGACAGCGACCAAGAGCCAGGAGCACUGUCCCUGCCUCGUUUCCCCGGAUGCCCACUGCCUCCCCCACCCCGGAACUGCCUCUCCAGGAGUAAAGUCCCUUUACAGCAGUACCUCUUACACUGGCGCCUGAGGGCGGGUGCUCUCAAGGCUGUGUUCCUAGUCUUCACCUCCAUGUGUGCCUGGUAUUUGGGGUACCUGUUAGCAGAGCUCAUUCCAGACACGUCCCUAUCAAGCGCUGUCUAUAACAUCCGGAGCAUUGGUGAGAGACCCAUCCUCAAAGCCCCAGCCCCCAGAAGGCAAAAGUGUGACCACUGGACCCCUUGUCCCCCUAACACCUAUGCCUACCGGUUACUCAGCGGGGGUGGCAAAGACAAGUAUGCCAAAAUCUGCUUUGAGGAUGAGAUGCUCAUAGGAGAAAAGACUGGAAAUGUUGCAAGAGGAAUAAACAUCGCCAUUGUCAACUAUGUAACUGGAAAGGUAAUAGCUACACAGUAUUUUGAUAUGUAUGAAGGCGAUAACUCUGGACCAAUGACAAAGUUUAUUCAGAGUGCUCCUCCGAAAUCCCUGCUCUUCAUGGUGACCCACGAUGAUGGAAGCAGCAGACUGCAGGCUGAUGCCAAGGACGCCAUAGCAGCGCUUGGGAGUAGAGAAAUCAGGAACAUGAAGUUCCGGUCGAGCUGGGUGUUUCUUGCAGCAAAAGGCUUUGAACUUCCUUCAGGAAUUCAGAGAGAAAAGAUCAACCACUCUGAUAAUACGAAGAACAGGUAUUCUGGCUGGCCUGCAGAAAUACAGAUAGAAGGCUGCAUACCAAAAGAAUCAAGCUGACCGUGUAUGGUGCUUAAUAAAUGUGUUUUGUAUAGACGAAUGCA